ACGCCGAUCGAUCGCCCCACUCAUUCUCUCUUUCCUUGAGUUUGUUCUGAUUGUCCGUCCCUGUCUGUCAAACCAGGAUUCAUCUUCCAAUUCUUCUGUAUAUCCCUCUCUCACUCUCUUGCUCUGUUUCAAGUUUUAUUGUGAGCUUCGAAUCGACUAUAUAAUGAUUAAAAUUUAUUCGCCGUGCGUGACCUCCGUCGUUGUCCGUCAGAAUCUUCGCGUGUUCGGUCCUGGUUUGAAUCCGUUCGCACCCUACUGCAUUGCCAAUCACUCUCUCUCCUCCUCUCGUUAAUUCUUUUCUCGCUUUCUUUUCCUUGUUUGCGCAAUUGAGUUUUUUCCAAAAACAUGUAAAUUCGCUGUCUUCUCGGUCUUGAGAAUUGCAAGCACUCGAUCUUAGGGUUUCUUGUUCUUUGGUCGUGUUCUAUUUGGGAAUCUUGCGGUUGUUUCCGUAUAUACAUACAUAUUAUCUCUGAGAAGGGUUUAUUGGUGAUUAUUUCUGCGAAGUAUGCCCCAGGAGCAGGCAGGUUCAAUUCGUCGAAGCUUGUCGAGAAGGCGGUCGUUGAGGUCUGAGGUGGAUAGGGAUGAUAGAGGAUGGACUCUGCUGCACAUUGGUGCCCGUAAAGGUGAUCUUAAGGAGGUGAAACGACUUCUUGAUGAAGGGAUGGAUGUGAAUGUGGCUGCCUGGGGCCCCAAAUCUAAAGGGGUGACCCCUCUCCACCUUGCUGCUGAGGGUGGUCAUGUUGAGGUUAUGGAUGAAUUGCUAGAGCGUGGUGCUAACAUUGAUGCUAGAACCAUCGGGGCUUGUGGUUGGACACCGCUUCACAGUGCAGCUAAAGAAAGAAGGAAGGAGGCAGUGAAAUUCCUGAUAGAAAAUGGUGCGUUCUUGGCAGCUGAUAUCAAUGACAGCAGAUUUAAUCCACCACUCCAUUACUGCUCUGGUCUUGAGUGGGCUUAUGAUGAGAUGAAGCGUUUUCGGCAAGAGAACUCAUCAGCUGGUGAGACAUCCUACAGCUCAGAAAGCUAAAAUAAAAUCUCCCCGUUGCCAUUGCCAUGGCCUUGCCCUGCUGCUUCCUGCUUCUGGUUCACUUUGCAUUAACAUGUUAUAUCUGUGUACCACGGUUGUUUGAAGUUUGGGGUGUUAUGAAUUAUGAUGACUUACUAUGCUGAUUUCCUUCAAGCAUUUCGUAUAUUUGGAAACUAUAUUGUUACUUUCUUAUUGCGUGUGUGUCUUUGAAAGUAGAGCUCCAAAUGAAUCGAUCUACAUUUGGAAACUUUAUUGUUA